CACAGGCUCCUCCGACACUAGCGCAGCGGCCAAAAGUGGAAACUUUCAGAGUCAUUAGGGUUACGCUUGAGAGACGUGAAACGCGUCAAGUGCACAGACCUGUAUAUAAGACCAUGCUCGGCACGAUAUCGCAAGACAAACAUUGCACUAGGUGACAUGCCUAGCAGUCGUGAUAUCGAGCGUGCCGAACGUAACGGAAGAUUCAGAUCGCGACGGAGAGACAGCGCGAGUAGCGACGUAAAUCGUCAUGGCUUGGAGAGUUCAGACAAGCGACAUAGACGACACGCUAAGAGCAAGAGCUCUGGAAAGAAGAAGAAGAAGCACUCGCACGAUAAAUCCUUGGAUAGUGUCCCAACCGUAGCUUCUUCCGUGAUUAAACCAUUAGUGGAAUAUUCUGAUGUGAGCAGCGAAGCCCUGUCUGGACCAGAAGCUGGGGAAAUACAGUCUGAGGAUAGUAGAGGAAAUAGCUACACUGAUGGGGAAAUCGGAGACCAGAUGCCACAGAGAAGAUACUACGGUGGUAGUCCUGGUCGCACACUUGGUGCAUCUCCAAUCAGUCUUUCCCCAUCACCUCCAAUGCAACGGCGACACGCCAGUCGAAAUUAUUCACCUACGGAUGAGCCCCAGGGACAGCAGAUGCAACAAAACAGAAUCUCGCCAGAGUAUGGUGAGGAAUCUAGACGUUAUCCUCGGAGGAAGGAAAAGAAGCAUAAAAGAGAGAAAAAGAAGAAGCGAAGCAUCAGUCCUUCUUCUAGUUCUGGGAAAAAGAAGAAGAGGAAAUCAAAGAGGCAAUCACGUAGUAUCAGCCCAAGGGUUCCAGAGGAAAUUGUUAUCAGUUCUGAUAGAGAAAAGGAUGGUUGGCCGGAGUCACCACUAUUGCCACUGAAGGAUAGUACUUCUCCGAUUUCACCAGCUACACCACAAGAACAACGUUUCCCUAGCGAUAUGGAUCUGGAAUCGCCACCGCUACCUCCACCGCCACAUCCUAGAGAAUCCAUCAGGGAACUUCGUGAUGGAAACUCUCCAACGUUACUUGCACCAAGACAUACGGAGUCUCCGCAUACUCCUCUUCUACCACCGAGAGCUAUCACUCCGGAAAGUGGAAAAGGUACAAGGGCUUCAUCAAAACAUAGUCCUGAUAGACGAAGACACAGUCCAGGUUUAGUAGUUGGUCAUGUACGAAGAUCUAGUAUCAGUCCUGGACCUGUAGUGAGUGGUGCUCGAAGGAGACCUCAUAGUCCAAGUCCACCAUCGAGAAGACGCGAUCACAGUCCUCCCAGAAGAAGAGAAUUUAGCCCGAGUUCUAUGAUUCAUAGACUUAGGCACAGUCCCAGUCCUACGAGUAUUAGACGUAGGGAAAUCAGUCCUAGUCCUGGGGGAAGUCACAGACGUCGAGGGGAUAUCACGUCCAGUCCUACGUCAUCGAGUAAACGUAGAAGACGUGAAGAACCCGAUCGGAGACACAGGCAUCACGAGAAGGACAGACGAGAUAAGAGGAAAUCGCGAUCCACUAGAAGUCCUACAGGAAAUCGAUUACCAAUGCCCUUGUCUAGAUCAAGAUCCCGCAGCCCAGGAAGAUGGAGGAAGGCACAGUCGCGCUCUAGAUCGCGGUCUCGUAGAAGAAGUCGCACGCCUAAAAGAUCUCGUUCUCCCAAAUCCCACAAGUCCGCCAGGAAGCACAAAUCCAAAAGCCCCAGACCAUCCCGAAUACCAUCCCCAUCGCCACACAGAUCGCGCGCGCGUAGUCCUACGACCAUGAGUGCAAGGAUUCUUCGUGUUCAGGCGAAGAUUAGCGAGACUAGUUUAUUUGCUGAACUUGUUAAAGACAGGAAUAUGAGAGAGCUCGCUUAUAAGAAGCUACAGGCUGCCAAGGAGAAAGCUGUAGUGAGUCAGGACGAGGUUCAAAUCAUCGAGGGUUCAGAUGACAGAGAUGGAAGUAACACAUCUUCUGAAACGAAAGAUAGACCCUCUAAUGGCAAAGAAGGUCCACUCAGAGAAUCUAUUAAGUGUGUCGACGUGGUAGACAUUCCCGUUCCCGUAGUGUCAUUAGGUGCGAUGGAAGACGACUCUAUGGCGGGAAAAACCCCACCUUUACCUGCUGGUCAAUUAAUCACUACGAUAACUUCGAGUGUUACAAAUAAUCAAGUACGUGAUUCCUCAACAAUUAUUGCUAAUGUGAAUAAUUGUACGGCUGAUAACGGAAACGGAAGUAUUUCUAGUAAUUCCGGAAAUCUUCAAAUCCCUGUGCAAACCGAUUCUGCAAAUGCAGGCUCGUUGCAAGUACCUGUUCCUGUGCCUGUUCCCGCACCUAUGUCGACAUUGCCAAAUCUUAGUAUUCCACCACCACCAAUUCACACGCUAAUACCAUCAGUCAACACGGCCAUCUCCAAGUUUAAUACACCCAACAACCUAGUUCCUCUAAAAUCCGUGGAUCCUCCUAAACCUCCCAUUGUAGCUUUUAAAACUAAGAGUCUGUCGAGACUGCCUCUACCUCCUGGUAUCAAUCAAAAUGAUCUCGAGAGUAUUGAUUCGCCACCAAGUCGAUCACCGAGUCCACCUAAGGGUCAGGGUAAAAUAGCCGGAACACUUAAAGUACCGCUAAAGAAGAGUAUCAAGGAUCUACCAAUGCCUCCAGUUGUACCAGGCUCUGAAGAUCUAAGUGGCGAGGAUGAUCCAAACGCUACACCGCCACGAGGAAAGCUCGACCGAAUUACUCCUAAACCAAAGUUGAAGAGGCCAAAAAUAUUGAAGAGAAGAGGAUCUCGAAAUUGCCACAUGCCGAUGUCCGCUUCCGGUGGCAAAGACUGGGGCGAACGUUGCGUCGACGUCUUCGAGAUGAUUGCUCAAAUUGGAGAGGGAACGUAUGGUCAAGUUUACAAGGCUCAGGAUAAGAGAGCCGGUGUCCUUGUAGCCUUGAAGAAGGUUCGUUUAGAAAACGAGAAAGAAGGUUUUCCAAUAACGGCUGUGCGUGAAAUCAAGAUCCUCCGACAAUUAAAUCACAAGAAUAUCGUGAAUCUUCGAGAAAUCGUCACAGACAAACAAGAUGCUCUGGACUUUAGAAAGGACAAAGGUUCCUUCUACCUAGUUUUCGAAUACAUGGACCAUGACCUUAUGGGCUUACUAGAGUCUGGAAUGGUUGAUUUCAACGAGAUGAACAACGCCAGCAUCAUGAAACAAUUAUUAGACGGUUUGAAUUAUUGUCAUGGGAAGAAUUUCUUGCAUCGGGAUAUUAAGUGUUCCAACAUCCUGAUGAAUAACAAAGGAGAAGUCAAGUUAGCCGAUUUUGGUCUAGCUAGGCUCUACAAUGCUGAAGACAGACAACGUCCUUAUACAAAUAAAGUGAUAACCUUAUGGUACAGGCCACCGGAGUUACUCCUAGGCGAGGAACGUUACGGUCCAGCAAUUGAUGUCUGGAGCUGUGGCUGUAUACUUGGUGAAUUAUUUUCAAAGAAGCCUCUCUUCCAGGCGAACGUGGAGAUGAUGCAGCUAGAAAUGAUAUCUCGUGUAUGCGGUACACCGACACCCGCAGUUUGGCCGUCGGUGAUUAAAUUACCACUGUGGCACACGUUGAAACCGAAAAAGUCCCACAGACGUCGUCUACGGGAGGACUUUUCCUUCAUGCCAGGUCCAGCACUGGAUCUACUUGACAAAAUGCUGGAAUUGGACCCGGAAAAGAGAAUAACCGCAGCUGAUGCAUUGAAAAGUUCUUGGUUGAAGAACGUCCAGCCCGAACAGAUGCCGGCGCCUCAGCUUCCGACCUGGCAAGAUUGCCACGAGCUAUGGAGUAAGAGACGUAGACGUCAGUUACGAGAACAACAAGAAGGCACGACGGGAAAGGUUCCCCUACUACCCCUUCCUAACAAAGGUGGUCCCCACAAACCUGUCGAGGACCUGUCGGACGUCGGCGGAUCGUCCAAGAGACUGAAAAUGGAGGCAGGCUACAAUUCUCAAGUUGGCCGCCUCGGAGAAGGUCAUUAUACUGGUGAAAGUAUGUUUGAUCAGGGUGGAGGGUACUCAUCUUCGUCACCACUAGCUCCACCGCUACCAUCGUCGGCUCCUCCACUACCACCAUCCGCGACAACAUUGUCCUAUUACCGUGACAGUCCGUCCGGGAAAAUUAGAUCUGGUGCAAAGCAGUCUUAUGAAACCGAAGAUUGCCUCGCCAGGAAGUUGAAUACUCUGAACGAUGCUCUCACACGAGGGAAACCCAUCCGCGUUGAUGAUCUCAUGUCCCUUCGGUCUGACGGCGAGAGCGACCCCAAGGCAGUUCAACUCCUGGGGGAACUACAUACUGAACUGAGAUUGGCUGCCAAUGCAAGAGCUAGUGGACGACUCGAGUCACAUCUUCCUGUACUAAAUCCACCGAGUGCAGAAAGCACAAGCAUCCGGCAGAAAGGAUCGUUCGACGCUCAUGCAGUGUACGCAGGCGACGAUGCAGUUAGCACCGGGAGGUGGUCGCAAUUGGCGACGACCGGGGUGCGAACUGCCCUGUCCGCACUUAUGUCGCGCUACGGUCUGGAAACUCAUGAUCCCUCUCCCGCUAUGACCACCCGACCCCCAGGUAAAACAUCCAGUGGUCUCGCGCAAAAACUUUUCCUGCCCUCGACAUCAUCCUCCCAGGCUGCCUUCGGUUCCCAAUGACUUGUACAUAACGCAAUCUUGAACUAUACCGAUCUAGCCGCCCUGUACACUACUGAUGGAAACACGUCUAAAUUAUUCUUGCUUUUAAUUAGCCUUAGGAUUAUCGCUGCAUUGAAUCUGUUUUUGGUUAAUGUUGAAGGAUUUUGCUGUAAUGUUAAUAUUACCCUGACGCGAUGUAAACUUUAGUGGAACUGAUUUUUUAUUGUUCUGCUAGAACUAUCGGACGUGUUGGUAUUUAUUGCCAUCGGGAAGAAUUCUAUAUGACAAGGUUAAUGACAUUAAUAACGUUAAGGAAUUAUGUCUUUAUUCAAUGUAAGAAUCAAAAUUAUUUGCAUUUUUAUUUCGAAGUGAUAACGAUCAUUGCAAUUUUAAUUAAUUCAUUGGAUUAACGAACUGGUGUGAAGACGUCCGAGAGUUUUGGUCGUUUGUGUAAGCAACAUUGGAUGCAUCGUUUAACGUUUCUUUACUGCGUAAGCUUUUUAUAUAAGAUCUUUAGCGUUCAUCACCCGGCAUAGACUAUUUACGGGAUGCAAUGUAAAUAAUUAAGGGUUAAUAAUAAAGAAGAAGACCUCAGAAUUUUAGACGUUUCCUGGGUCAGGUCGGAUCGGACUAGAGGUCAAUUGUUUUGCACUUAACUCGUACUUCCUUACUAACUUGCAAGGAAUGCUAGACUAGGUUAGGUUAGGUUAGGGUAAACAAGGGUAGAUGUCAACACGUUUUAUGCUAUCUGUUAUUUGUAUUACGGAAUUGCGUUGAUGAUGAAUAUAUUACGAUUGAUCUGCUGAAUCUCCGGAAAAACUCAAAUGCGGAGGUUAGGAGGUGUACAUGUGAUGGAAUAAUAUGUUGAACACGUUGAACGUGUUAAAUUUAUUAGUCUUACAUCUCGUGCCUUACGUAAUAUAUUAAUACGCAGAGAAUUCAUCAGUGAAAUGUCAACUUCAGAGAAUCUGUAAACAUAACCUGGCUACAUAUACUUUUGAACCACCUGAUUAAUGUCAGGAACAAUGAGUACAAAAAGCUCUGAAUUUUCUGUAAGAGAAGAAGAAAUGCAUAAGGCAAUGCAUGACGUUUAUGAAGCAAUUAAGAAUGUCCACUACCUGUAUAAAAAAUUCUGUGAUAAAUGCUUGAUCUUAUUAAAAGAAAACAAUGAGUUGAAGACCACUGCGACCAAGAAUAUAGAUAU